CCCCUCCCUGUGUUUCUGUCCAGCCUACAGCGAGCGUCAAGCUCACUUCAACCUGAGUGCCUCACUAAGAGCAGCUGCUCCUCCACAGCUCGUCCUCGCCAGCGUCAGCCUCAGCCUCAGCCUCAUCUUCAUCUCCAUCCUCCUCCUCAGGUGUUCUCCCCAUGGCGGCCUCCUCGAAGUCCUCCCAGAAGGCAAAGGACGUGGUGCUUGCCCUGCUGCUGCUCUGGUCCCUGGUCUCGCUCAUCAUCAUCGUGGUGUGGUCGACAUCUCCGGACUGGAAGGGUGUGGCCCAGUGCAACAAAGAGCUGCAGGGCACGAAGGAGCAGCUGAAGAUGUCCACGGUGACAUGGAACAAUAACAAGGUGGCUCUGGAGGAGAAGGUGGAGAAGACGAGGGAGGAGGUGGAGCACAAGACCGCAGAGAUCAUGCUGCUGCAGACACACCUCAACGCCACAAACGCCUCGCUGGAAGAGUGUCGCCAGGAAAAUGUCGGCCUGAACAAGAACAUCAGCGUCCUGCAGGAGAACGUGGAACAGCUCCGUCAGACGGAGGCGAACCUCACAGCUCAGCUCAGCCAGCAGGAAGAUCACAUCGAUGCGCUGCAGAACAACCUGACCCAGGCCUUCCAUCAGACCAAGGCCUGCUUGAAGCUGCAGGAAGCUGCUAAGAAUCAGAUGUUUGCGGCUCAGAGUCAGACCAAGGCCUGCGAGUCCCAACAGCAGUACGUGCAGAAGCAGCUUCAAAAGUGUAAAGCUGACUCUGAAGCAUCACCAACUCUAUCAGUAUCAACGCCGCAGCACAAAACCCCCGCCCCCGCCACAGAUGACCACUCCGCUGCCUCGCCCCUCGCUGGUAUUCCUGCACUGCUGCUGCUCGCCUGCAGCACUCUGCAUCUGAUAACCUGAGUGCAGUGUGGUGAUUGAUUGUUUCGGCGGCAAGCACUGUGGUCCAGGACGGGGGCAGAGCCUGGACUGAUUUACUGACUGCUGUACAAAAUUCCUGUCAACGCAACAAACAAACAUGUCGCCACGGAGACGCUGACAUCACACUGUCGUAUGAUUGGACACAAACUUUGCUUUAAAUUGAACAGCUGAGACAUUUGCUGACCGUUAGAGACUCUGCUGCCUCACAGAGACCAUUGUUUCUACUUCCUGCUACUGGUUUCUACUUGGUUUCUACUUUCUGUAACUGGUUUCUACUUCUUGCUACUGGUUUUUACUUCUUGCUAAUGGUUUCUACUUUGUGUUACUGGUUUCAAAAUUUUUAGUCCAUUAAGAAAAACAUUUUCACUCCUGCACCAGUUUUUAGACAACUUCCCUCCAGAGACAGUUCAUCAGUGUGACUGUCAGGUUCUCUCUACAUCCUCAGGGUCUACGUGAUUAAUUAAUGACAAAUCAGGGUUUUUCCUGCAUAGGGAAUUGGGAGGCGGUCGUCUCCGUCAAAUUUGGUGGCCCCUCAGCCUCCCGACAAAAUUCUAGUACUUGUUUUCUCUGUACUCGGUGGAUUUGACGCUUGUAACUGCAAUUGCAGCUGCACGCCACUACGGCAAUCUAGUGGCGCUGUAUCGUAAUCUGUGCAUCAAGCAGAGCCAUCCGAAAUUACCAAAGAAGAAGAAUACGAACGCGCUGGAUUUUCUGCCUGCGGAAGGAAGCGACCUGAUUUGAGUGCAGACAUAAGUAGUUCUUCACUUAUGGGAAAAAAAAAGUUAAUUCAUGUUACUGACGAGAUACAGUAAAGUUGUAAGGAGUGAAAGUAGGCCUAGUUCUCAAGUGGAAGGUGCCCCCCCCUCUCCGGUGUUACGGCUUAGUACCACCCCCGCCUAAUUUUCGUCCAGGAAAAACCCUGCAAAUUAACCACUGAAGUAAAUAUGAACUCCUCUGAGACAGAGACUGUAAAGUUGAUUUAUCUUUGUUUUUUAAUGUUUUUCUGUGAGAAUAACGAAGACUCAGAAACCUCAUGUUGUUUAUUCUGUCAGACUGAAACCAAUGAUUGUCAUCAUCAUUACAUCUGAGAGAUAUUUUCUUUAAUAAUCGAUCGAUUGAUCAGUAAAUAAAAUCUUAGUAAAAACUAAAAAUUUCUUAUGUGAGAUUUGAGUCAUCUGCUGAACUGGUCAAAUCAUCUUUGAUUAUUGAUCAUCGCAGAUUAACAGCUUCAGUCUGUAGAGUUCAGGUCAUGUGUCUGUUCUCAGCCAGCUGUUCUCUGAUGUUUCCUGUGGAGGGAUGGAGAUCUAAACUCUAAUGAUCAGCAGGGUCACAAGUGAAUUUUAAUACUAAAGAACAUAAAUAAAAACCUGUUUACACCUGAGACUUCAAUCUGAUCUGAAUCUGGAUGAGAGAGAAAGCAAAAUAUGUGUGUGAGGAUUUUCAUAGAAAUAGAGAGAAAUCUUAAUUAAUGUUUGAAUGUUCGGUUUACUCUAAAUUUAAAAUAAAACAAAAGUCAAUAAACAAAGUAUUGAGAAAAAAAGAUAUGAAGAGAAAUCAGUGUAAAAGCUGAUGGAGGAUUUAAAUAUGAUUGACAGCUGGUUUACAGCAGCAUCAUCAUCAGUGACUGACAGUCCUGUCAUUGACUGAAGAACUGAUCCAGAUCAGGAUGGUCGGGCAUGAACAGGGUCAAAGUGUGUGUCAGUGUGUGUGAAUGAAUUUUUUCUACUGUUUGUUUUUUGUAUUGUUGAGUUUGUUUCUUUUGUGCUUUUGAUGAAACUCACAGCUGAAGCUUCAUAACUGCAGCAGAACAACUUGACUUUUAGAAGCUUUUUCAUUGUUUUAACUGAUGCAGGUUUGGG